AUGGCGAUGGCUAAAAAGUUCGGUUUCAUUCUCAUUUUAUCAAUUAUUUGUCUCCUAAUCGUCGAUUUCUCCAACGCUCAAGAGGAUUCUCCGUUACCGGCCGUCUCUCCGAAACGUGACUCCCAAGCAGAUUCUCCUUCCUCAACCUCUUCAUCCCCACAAUCACAUUCCUCUCCAACGUCUCCUUCACCGGUUUCACCACCGCAAUCGAAAUCGCAUUCGCCACCGACUUCAUCACCGGAAGCAGAUUCUCCUUCACCGCCACCAAAAACAGAGUCUCCUUCACCGGAAGCAGAUUCUCCUUCUCCACCCCCAGAAACAGAUUCUCCUUCACCGGAAGCAGAUUCUCCUUCACCACCACAGCCAGAAUCUCCCUCGGCUCCAACACCAUCUCCAUCACCGUCUUCUGAUUCUCCAUCUCCCGCUCCUUCUCCCUCCGACGAUGCCGCCGACGAUGAAGAUCCCGUGCCGGAAACAGAGUACUUCCCAUCUCCAACGCCAGCUCCAUCGCCGGAAUACGAACCAGAAGCAGAAGACAUCCAAGCAAGCGAGGAAGGACAAGAAAUCGACGAAGGAGAAGACAACGGUAACGGAAUGACCGGAUUGCAGGAAGCCGGACUCGCCAUCGGAGCGAUCCUCGCAGUAGGCGCGAUCGUAAUCGGAGCUCUCGUUUACAAGAAACGUAGAGAUAACUUAACCAGAGCUCGUUACACUUACUUCAACAAUCAAUCAGACUUCCUUUAA